UUGUGCAAUCAGUACGUUAAAAAAUUGCUGUAUUAAUUUGGUGCUAGUGGUGUGAGAAAUUCAAACCUUAAAUUUGCAACGGUCGACAACCCAAAAGGUUACUUACACUCUUCUUCUGCUGAGUCUCUUGACCGAUUCAUUUCAAUGGCUACCAAAGAUUCAUCAUUCAAGUUUCACCAAAUCAUCAUCGAUAGUGAAGGAUCCAACUCCACUUCAGAAUGGGACGAUUCCGAAGAAGACCCCGAUUUCGAAAUGCUCGAAGAAACCCAUCGAAGCUUCUCCAACCUCUCACUCACGAACAAGGCGAAAAAUCGCAUUGAUGAUGAUAAGGGUCUGGCUACUGCUGAGAUGAUCAGUGCAGUUUCUGUUGAUGAUGAAAAUUCUGAAACAGUUCAGAAACUAAUAAAGGAUGGACUGCUAGAGAAACUUAAAGUGGACCAAUGCAAGAUGUAUUUGAAGAAGAAUGGUCUGAGGUUAACUGGAAAUAAGGACACACUUAUCCAGCGUAUAAAGGAGCAUCAAGAGAUUAUAAAUGGUGGAGGGGAGAAAAAAUACCCGCCUCAUAGCUUUGUUUUGAAUUGUAAAGGUGACGCAUGCACUGGUGAUGUUGUUCUGUUUGAGCAAAAUGUGUAUGAAAUGUUCAACAUAGCAUCGAGGAGUGGUGGCGGUCCACCGUGUGGCACAAGGAUUGUUGCAGGCCGCAUAGUGAAAGAAAGCUAUGGCGCUGCCAAACAACAGCAUACAUUUACGAUUGAAGUGCUCUGGAGCAAGGGAGAGAAGCCUCUACCUCCCCUUCAUCCUCUACUGAUAAAGGGUCGAAACCUUUAUCGGUUGAAGACUUUGAGACAGAGAUGGGAAGAUGAAGAGAAAAGGCGGAAAAUGUUAAUGGAAAAACACUCUCGGGGAUUCGUUGCUAGGGCAGAUAGGGAAGCAAGGAUACAAGAAAAGGAGCUGAGAAAAUCAAUGAAGGAAAAUAGGAUCUCGAAAAAGGAUUCAGGAAAGAACCAAUUGCAAUCACAUUCAUCCAUUUCAAAGUCACAAAAUCAACCUCAAGAAACAAAAACUGUAUUCAUUACUUCAACAUCUGCAAGUGUACCUAAACCAGCAGUGCUAACUGAACAGCAUGUUCAAUCAAUUGAUUCUCGAACUGUCGCAAUGGGAUCUAACCAGUUCAGAAAUUCAGGAAAUUCAUCUUUUAGUGCAAACUACCAUUCCGCAGUCAACCAUUUCAGAGACAAACCGAUUAGUAUUGAGAGAUACCAUCCUUCCAUUGUUGACACAAACAACAUUGCAGAGAAAACUUUUUAUCCAAGGAAGCCUUUGGCAAGUGCAAAUAACUUUUUUCCGAGUUUGGAGAAUGCAAAUCACAUGCAUGCAGGGUUCCCGAACCGAGGAAGCUAUCAGCAAAAACAGUUUUGCCGACAUUUUGCUAGGGGAAGAUGCCAUUUUGGAGAUAACUGCAAGUUCUUACAUGGUUAGAGAGAUUAAGGGAAAUCAUGAACUAAAAUUUUUUAGUGACUUAUGAUUUCAUCGAUGCUUUGGUAUUAAAUUUUGCUCUACAAUCCAUGUUGUGUGGUCUAUCCUCUCUCAGGACAGAUAUUUUUGUAUUAAAACUAAAUGUUCUUUUACGAGGAUUGUUAGUACCUAACAGGUUUCAAACAUGAGAUCUUGAAAGGAGCAUACUCUCAAGACUCAAAUCUUCACCACUA